AUGAGCUCACUGUUGUCCGCAGUAGGAUGCUGGAAUGGAGCGCCUGCCCUGUCAUAUACUAUAGGCACCACGAGUCAGCUGUCGGAUACUCUGGUGUCUGCCACGGAUGCGGGCUGGAUUUGCUUGUUCAAGCUAUUACAUCCAAACUCAACAAAUACAAAUCAACAGCUAUCUAUUGCACCCAAUCUAUUUUUAAUUGGACAUUGCGCACGAAUCACUACUCUCGUGCUAUGUCGUCUCGAAGUCGAUGGCGUCGUAACGCGUGAAAAUGUACUCGUAACGGGCGACGAAGUGGGUCUAGUCGCCAUGUGGGAUUUGGCUGACGGGAGAUGCUUGCAAACAAACGUUAGGGCUCUCAAUGGAAGCAUUACUUGUCUCAAGAUGACGUCGUCAAAUGCAUACUUUGUUUGUGCGGGUCAUUCAACAAACGUCAUCAAAUCAUGUAACGUGUUUGACGAUUGGACGGCUUGCAUGACAUUAUAUCCAACAGGCAAAAAAACCACUAAUGUUGUUUUGAUGGUCGAGUCCACACAUACUAAUACUCCAAAGCAACACUUAGAGACCAGAGGAGUUGAAAAACUAAACAUAAUUACAUACGACGGCACUCUACAUUCAAGCACAAUCCUCGACGAAUCCAAACUCGACAUUCAAACACAAUUAGAUACCAAACCCACCAAGCUGGACUUUGGAACUUCUCUUCCAAGCAUUGGCAUAGAGACAAACGUAUUCGAUAAAAACCUCAUGAGCAUACUGCAUCGAAAUGUCUGCAUGUUGUAUGUUUUGGGCAAGUCUGGACCAACGUUUCUGGCUAGACUCGACAAGGCUCAAGAGCAUGGGCAGGCGUGGGCUGGAUCCAGAUUCAUGUCUGCGAGAACUAUACUGUUAUGGACGAUGGCUGGAAGCGCCUUCUUGUUUUAUAUAGGUCCAGAGUCAGAGAUUAAGCAUUCUGCUAUAAAGGAGGUGCCUCCAUCGUCUAUCGUGUUGUUUUCAGAUGGUGCUGCAGCUUCAUAUUGUUCACGUCUCGUACCUGGUGCACAAGACUAUUUGACUUAUCGUGCGACAACCCUUUUGGCCUCCUUUUCACAUUCACUGGACUCCUCAUCCACCACAUCACCUUCGCGAGCUGCCACUGUAAUUUACAUACCUCCAUGCUUGUCACAGCCAACUCAUUAUCUUGCAUCGUUCCAACGUGACGGAACUGUGACUCAAUGGACAUUUUGGGCUUCUAUUUCCGGAAAGGAGUUGAUAGAUAUAGGAGUUGCCAAAUCUCCUCGAUCUGAUAGAAAUACUAAAAUGGUGGUGAAACCUUCGAAAGAAUGGAAUCUUGCUGACUCAUGGCCAUUGCAAAAACUGGAAAAUUCCCUGUCGAUGUCGAUAGCGACGCCCAUUCAAGAUCAUCAUUUAGCAGUUGGUUAUGUCGACGGCUCAAUACGAAUCAUGCCAUUAUCAACGCCAUUCUUCCAUAACGUCAAUGACGUCAACUCAUUGCCAGACGUGGCAACACUGACUGGACACACUGCAAAAGUGACGAGUCUAUUGGCUCCUUCACCAAGCCAAUGUGACGGCAGACGGUAUCUGAUAUCUGGAAGUGCUGAUUGUUCUGUUAGAGUGUGGGAUCUAGAACAACCCACGGCCAAACCCACUGUAUAUAUAUCGCAUUCAUCCCCUGUAACUAGCAUCAUCACCAUCCCACCAGAAACCUUGUCACCAUCAACAAGCUAUACAUUCAUGUCUGUAUCACACAUCACCAAAUCAUUUUCAUUGUUUAAACCAUCAUCACCUCAAGUAUUUUGUCGAUUCCCUGGAUUUGGACGAGAGCAGUCUCAUAGUCCCUUAUCACGGACCAAUGGACUGUUGGCCAUACAUUUUCGAAAAGCUGAUGAUUUCAUACUUUUCGAGCAAGAAAAUGGGAAUGUGUUGGUGUUUAAUGCUUUGACUGGUGUUUGUGAACGUAUUUUAGAAGCCGAGAGUGCUCUAAGUGCUAUUGCUGCUUGUGAUGCUAAAGUCAAUUGUCGAGCACCUGGAGAAGAGUACUUGGCUGCAAAUGUUCGGCAAAUAGCAUGUACCAUUCCAUUAUUUACCACGAUAGAAUCACCACCGCCAUUGACUCUCUUCCUUUUCAACACCAAACGUUUGAUAUCCGACAUGAAUACCACCACGAGAACUCUCAGUCCUCCCCCAUCAUCUCCACAACGCAGCACCUCCAAGGACUCCUUUUUAAAUUCUCCUGCUAUACUACCACGAUCAGGAGCAUCACGAAACAAUCCACCAUCACCAAAUAAAUCCAGAAACAUGAUUAGUGCCAUGUCACCAGUCAAUAAUGGUAACGAUGAUGCAGCAUCAGAUUCAAGUGCGCCACCCAGGAACCCACUAGAUUAUGAUUUGGUGUUUGCUUGUUUCUCGGCUUUGGCUUCUUGGGGUGUUGAUGAUGGUAUAGAUGAAUUGUACAGAGACAAGUUGGGAAUGCAGAGACCUAGAGAUGGUGUUUGUGUUGGGACUAGAGGAGCCAACGGAUUCUUGUCAAUAAUGGCUCCAAUGAAAGAUGAACAGCCAGGGCAACGACUAUGGAAGACGUCUCCGACUAUUUCAGCUGCGAAGUUACUUGAGAUUUUGGCUGUGGCACGCUCAAUCUUAUCUACCAAAGGUCUUGAAGGCGAAAUCAGUACACUUUUGACAUAUUAUGGUGCAAUAUUGCCUGGACGGAUUGGUAGCGGUUUCUGUUUUCCGUCUUUUGCAUUUUUGGCAAAGUAUUGGCAGGAUCCAAUAAUUGAUGUACAGGAAGCUGCACGCACAUUGUUUGCAUCUACUGUAUCAAAGAUGGAUGUGAAUGUACGUGAUGGCAUCAUACAGUAUUGGCAUUCGUUGCUUCCUACAUUGGUAUCCAACAAGAAACCAGUGAAAACCAACAUGCGAGCAGCCGUCAUCCUGGGUAUAAUAACAUCCGACAAUCCAGGCCUUAUACCAGUCUUAAUAUGCAAAGACGUCGCACAAUCUCUCGAUUUACUUAUACACGAAGAUGCCAAAUCAGCAUAUCGUGCUGCAGCUAUUGAACUCAUUGGUCGUGGAUGGUCGACAUGGGAGCCCUACGUUAACGGAUCAGCGGUAUUUAGACAUGUUGUUGCAUCUACAGGACUGAUACCACCAAUACCGGGCGCAAUCACAUCACCGCAACGUAAAGGAGUGAUGAAUGUUCUUGGUGGUGGUACGAGUAAUACAGGUUCGUAUACUGGAAGUGGGAAUCCUGGUAGUGGUGUUGGUACACCAAGUGAUGGUGGUGGUGGUGAACAGAUACCACGAGAAUUAGCUAUUUUGGCAAGACAAUCUGUAUUGAUGAUUGCAACAGCCAAUCCUGGAUUGUUUGCUAGUACUAUUGUAUUUGAUUUGGGACAUGCCAAGACUGCUGCUGAACGAGCUGGUGGGUUGAGAUUGUUGGGGAUGUUUAUGGCAAAGAAACCUCUGAUAUUAUAUGGAAGCAUACCAAAGAUUGCAGAAGCCAUUGUUCGAUCACUGGAUCCAAAUAUCCCGACCAUCCGAGAAGCAUUGUUGCCAGCAGCUACUGCAGCCCUAGCUGAAUUAGUCCAUGUUUAUCCUAAUGCGUCAUUCCAUGGCACAAGUCAAAGGCUGACGGUUGGUGGACCUGAUGGUGCGAUUGUCUUGUAUGAUUUGAGGACUGCUACGAGGAUGCAAGUUCUUGAGGGACAUACAAAACCCGUCAGUGCCGUAUCAUUCUCGUCGGACGGUAAACUCUUAGCCAGUUUCUCUGUUGAAGAAAACAGUGUACGGUUUUGGCAACCUGCUGGAGGCUUGCUUGGUGCCGCAUCUGCAUUAGCUGGUGUUGUGGGAGGAGUUGUGCAAUUGAGACAGUUUAGGACUUUUAGUGUUGGACCUGCUGAGUCAAACGUACCUCCCACGUCAGUAUUAGAGGAAGUAUCCUUUGAAUGGGUUUCUGAUCGAGGAGUGAAACUCAAGACUGUUCGAGGAGUGCAGUUGCAAUUCACAGUCUAA